AUGACUGGCGCUUCUGGAUACCAUGAUAUUGUUUUUGUCAUAGACUUUGGAACCACGCAUUCUGGCUACAUGUGGAAAUGCGUACAUACUAAUUGUGCGCAGAAUUAUGGUCGUGGAGAAUUUGAUUGUUACUUGAAGGAGAAAGAACAUCCAUCCACAAUGUUUUAUAAAAAAGUAGACUAUAGUAAGGCUUGUUUUGGAAUUAAUGCUGAUGUUGCCUCCAAGAAAACCCCCGAUUCUGGAUAUUAUGUGAGUCGAGUCAAACUGUGGUUAGACAGGACCAUAAAAGAAGACCUUCCACCAUUACCACCUAAUAUGACUCUAGUACAAGUUAUUGCUGGAUACUUGAAGCAAAUUGGCCUAGAGAUUCGUGAACAAAUACCUAAGAGACACCCAAAAUGCAAUGAACCUUCGAGAUACAAAUAUUGCCUGGCAGUCCCAACUAUGUGGUCUGAACAGUCCAAGGAUAUCAUGAGAAAUGCCGCAGUACUCGCUGGUUUAAUCGAAAAAUAUGACGGUCCAAAAAAACUGUCAAUUAUUGAUGAGACUGUUGCUGCCGCUUUGUAUGCUGAACGAGUGUCUCCUGAACUAAAGCUUGCACACGGUAGCCUUUACAUGAUAUGUGAUGCUGGUGGUGGAACUGUUGACCUUGCCGUGUUUGAGAAAGACGACUCACCGGGAAAAAAUGGUCUCAAAGAGGUCACCAUGGGAACUGGCCAUUCCUGCGGAUCAAGUUUCUUGGACACUCGGUUUGAAGCUUUACUAAGAGAACGUACAUGUAGACACCCAGAAUACAGCGAAAUGGAUCUAUUAAACAUUAUGUGGAAAUUCAAAUACGAGCUUAAGCCAUACUUAUACGUUGACGAUGAUGAAAGAUCUGGGCAUAUAAAGAAGAUUAAUGAUAUAUAUAUUCGCAAGCAUCCAAAUCCCAGUAAAGCCAAGAAAUUUACCGUGGCUGAAAUUUUCACUAAGGUGUUUGAGCCAGUAGUAAAUAAAGUACUGGCCAUGAUUGAAAUACAAUUGACACAAUUGAGAGGCAGGGUCCUGGACGUCAUGUUUAUUACUGGAGGGUUUGGAAGCUCGCCUUAUCUUCUGGCACGGAUUAAAGAUAUUUGUGGAAGUCGAGUCAAGAAUAUCAAAGUCGUUAAAAAUGGAAAUAGAGCAGUAAUGGAAGGAAUGAUCUUGUUUGAGAAAGAAAGUCGGAUAAUCACCAGGCGCAUCUUACGUCGCACAUAUGGCAUAAAGCUAUGCUCACCUACUGACGAGCUUGACGAUAACAAUAAAACAUCCACACAAGACAAAUUCCAUGUUUACAUACGCAAAGGGUACCCAGUUAACGAUAAAGUAUGGAUUACUAGGAAUCUUACCUGGAAAAAGGAUAGUCUUCCGAUUAUAUCUUUGUACGCAUACGACGGUGAUGAGCCGGUACCAGAAUACCCUACUACUGAAGACAUUGACCUAGUUGCUAUUUUUGAUACACAGUUUCCGAUUGCUGAGAAUAAGACAACUACUCAUCAACUUAUGGCUAUGGAAAUGCGUUUCGACAUAGAUAAGAUUGACGUUAAAGUGAAUAUCGCUGGUAGAGAAUUUAAGUAUUUUACAGCUUGGGACGUUAUUGAAAAAAAGCAAACUUUAGCUUAUACCGAGCUUAUCUCACCAGCUGGCAAGAUGCGAAAAUGGUGGCGAAUUGAUGGGGCAGUAAAUUGUCUUCCUUAA